CUGAACUCCAUCAGAAGGAGUCGGAUCCUGCUGGAUUUUUGUGUCCGUGCGCUCAUUUCGUUGGAGGCAGCCAAUUUAUUCUGUGUCACUGUGCUGGAUGGGAUCUGCUGCUUUUCAGCGCGGGAUGGUUAUUUUUGCACUUGAAACGAAUGGAGUAAAAUAAAAGGUUCACAAACCGCCUAAUAAUGAGGUGCCACUGGGUUGUUUGUGCCUCGUGUUUCAUAUUACUCCUACUAACAGUGUGGUCUGAGCCAAUCAUUUCCCCUAGUGGGCCUCACAUAGUGGUUCCCAAGAAGGGGAAGCUGGAGUUACGUUGCCAUGACAAUGCCACAACGUCUGGUGCUCCAUCCAAGUUAAGGUGGCAGAGGGAGAAGGGACGACGGCUCGAGGGAGAGGUGGAGGAGGGCGGAGUGGCUUCUGUCAGGUUGUCAGCAGUGCAGACCUACCAUAUGGGUCGUUAUGUGUGUGUCAACAACAGCACGUUAGAACACAGCUCCAUCUAUGUUUACGUGAAAGACCCCCACAAUGUUUUCCAGCGCACCAUGGUGAAUGUUAUUCUGGUGCGAGCAGGUGAGAACUGCACCAUCCCAUGUCUUGUGACCAACCCUGAGGUCACCAACCUGGCUUUGGAGACCUGCAAUGGACGACCUUUGCCCUCUGGCAUGAGUUACCGCAGCAACCUGCAGCAAGGCGUCAUCAUCAGCAACGUUGGAAAGGAAUACGAGGGCUGCUACGUAUGUGUGGGUCAGCUCAGUGGAGUCAAAGUGAUGUCAAGCCAGUACACUGUAGAUGUUCGACUCGUGCCAGAGUUGCGCCCUGUGAUCAUGCUGUCCCAGAAAGACACUGUCAUCCUAAAGAGAGGAGAGCAGUUUGAGCUGACUUGUAGCUCCACCAAUGUCAACCCGGACUUCAGUCUUAAGUGGGACUUCCCUUCAGCUGUGUAUCCUGAUGAAUCCCAGAACUCACACAUCCUGUCUGGUUUCCGCGGUUAUCAGCGUUCCACCUCACUGCUGAUCACGGCCGUCGACCAAUCAGACUCAGGCACUUACCGCUGCCACGCCCACAAUGAAAGAGGCAGCAGUGAUGCAGCACUGCAGCUGGACGUACGCGAUCAGGGGUUUAUAACUAUGAUAGGAGGUCCAGGUCCUGUCCAGGCAGAUGUUAAAGAAGGGGAGAGCCUGAGCCUCAGAGUGGAAUUUGAUGCCCACCCUGUUCCCCACUCCCUGUCUUGGUCUUUCAAUGACAAGCGUCUCCUCAACACCACAGAGCACGUUAUCACUGUCCACCGCCGUAAAUACAGAUACAUCAGCGAGCUCAGACUGGUCCGGGUUCUUGGCUCAGAGGGUGGGAUCUAUAAGUUCUCAGCCAAUCAUGAAGAUGCAUCUGUUGAUCAUUUAUUCCAUGUGUAUGUCAACAGUAAGCCUGUUAUCAUCGCCCAAGAGGGGCCAGUUGAUGGACAGGUGCGAUGCAUCGCUGCAGGUUACCCAGUCCCUAAAAUCAGCUGGUAUUUCUGUGAGCUACCUCGAACAAGGUGCUCACUCCUGCCCAAUGCCACCCAGUGGGAGACCCCGGAGGUGGCCAUGCUGACGGAGUCGGCCUUUGGUAGGAGUGAGGUGGAGAGCCGACUGAACGUCAGCAAGGAGCACGCUCAAUACCACACUCUGGAGUGUGUGGCUUCUACAGAAGGAGAAGAAGCCUACACACUGUUCUCCAUCAGUGAGCGCGUCGUCCCCCAUAAACUCUUCACACCCCUUCUAACUGGCAUGGUGGCUACUGGCGUGUUUCUCAGCCUAAUUCUAGUAGUGCUACUCUACAAGUACAUGCAGAAACCAAAGUUUCAGAUCCAGUGGAAAGUCAUUGAGAGCAUCAAUGGAAACAACUACAUAUAUAUUGACCCACUUCAGCUACCAUAUGAUCUCAAAUGGGAGUUUCCCCGACAAAAGCUUCGCUUUGGUAAAACUCUGGGCUCGGGGGCCUUUGGAAAGGUGGUAAGGGCCACGGCAUACGGACUGUGCUCCCCAGAUACUGUAACAACCGUCGCUGUUAAGAUGCUAAAACCCAACCCCCAUUCCACGGAAAAGGAGGCACUGAUGUCAGAACUAAAGGUUCUCAGUUACCUUGGUAACCAUGUGAACAUCGUAAACCUCCUGGGAGCCUGCACUGUCGCAGGCCCGAUUUUAGUGAUCACAGAGUACUGUUGCUAUGGCGACCUCCUCAACUUCCUGCGAAGAAAAAGAGAAUCCUUCCUAAACUCCCAGGUUGGAGAUGGUUACUAUCGCAAUGUCUCAAACAAGACUGAGCCAACAAGCAACGAUCCAACUGGUACAGGAUAUAUGCCAAUGCGUCCCUCUGAGAAGGAAAGGUCCUCCCAGUCAGAUGACAUAGAUGAGCUGUCUCUGGAUGCUGAAGACCUCCUCAGCUUUUCCUACCAGGUUGCCAAAGGAAUGGAGUAUAUUACUUCCAAGAAUUGCAUCCACAGGGAUCUUGCAGCCAGAAACGUUCUGCUGACUCAUGGUAGGGUGGCGAAGAUCUGCGACUUUGGCUUAGCACGAGACAUCACCACUGACGCCAGUUAUGUUCUCCGGGGAAAUGCACGUCUCCCAGUCAAAUGGAUGUCUCCUGAGAGUAUUUUCGACUGUGUCUAUACCUUUGAGAGCGAUGUGUGGUCCUACGGCAUCCUACUCUGGGAAAUCUUCUCUCUGGGAAAUAGCCCAUACCCUGGGAUGCAGGUGGGAUCAGCGUUUUACAGGAUGAUUCAAGAAGGCCACAGGAUGAGCAGGCCUGAGUUUGCUCCCAUUGAGAUGUACGACAUGAUGCUGUCAUGCUGGAACCACGAUCCACUGAAAAGGCCUUCGUUUAGAAAACUGGUGGAGAGAACUGAACUACUGUUGUCAGAAAAUACCAAGAAUGUGUACCUGACACUGAGCAAUGCCCCAGGUGCUCCAGAACAGCAGAGGGCGCCAUCACGGAGGCUGAGCUCAGUCUGCAGUACAACGGCUCCGACCCAGCCUUUGCUGCAGAGCACGGCUGAUGUCUUCCUGGACUAUGUCUGAAAAACGCCCUGUUCAUUCUACUGUCACACAAACUCUGCUUCACUCUGAACAAAAUCCAUUUAAACUGAUUGCAAAUGCAGCCACGUCAGACUUUAAACAGACACAUGUACACAUACAUUGUAUAUAUACAAGCCUGCACUGGGCUCUCAGCCUCUAUCUCCUCUUUCCAUUGGUGUAUUGAUCUUUGUGGUAUUUCAGGUGCACGUCUAUAUAAAGCAGACUCCAGCACUAAGUGGCCAUCAGAUACAGCAUCACCCUUCAGCUGUGGGAGGAGUUUUGGCUCACAUUCAGCCUUAGAUUAUGUUAUAAGAUGCUUUGGAUCUUUGAGGAAACAAAAGAUUGGAAGUACAUGUACAUAUGUGAUAAAGUAAAGAUGAUGUUGGACUUUGGCUUACAUAUACAGUUGAUGCUGUGACUACCAUGUUUUUGGUUUUGGUUUCCAGUUUUACUGUCAUGUUUUUUGACAUUUUGGGAGAUUUAUCUUGGUGAGUUAGAUGAGAAGGCUGAUACUAGUGAAGUAAACAACCAAGUCACAAGUAAAAAGAGCUGACCUUUCUCAGUCCAACCAGAGGAAUAAACACGUCUGGCUCCA